AUGGGAGACUCCCCUGGCCUUCCUGGUGGAUCACAGAUUCCACCUUACCCAGGAUUUCCCCAACCACCUGAUGCAUAUCCUCCGGGAUCACAGACUCUACCCAACCAAAGAUGGACAAAUCCUCCAGGAUUCCCUGUUGCUCCAGGACUCAUUUCACCACCAGGACCUUUGCAGCCACCGAACUUUCCUUGGGAAAACUCUCAGCCGGAAGGAUGGCCAAUUCCCCCUCCAACAACAGUGACUCCACCCGGCCAAAGAUUCACGAAACCUCCACGUGGAAAUCGUCCUGUUGUUAUACCAAACCCAGAAUUUGAACCACCAUCUGGUGGGCAUCCUCCCCAACCACCUGGUGGAAAUCUUCCGGGAUCACAGACUUCACCCGACCCAGGAUUGUCUAUAACUAUAAUUUUUCCAAACCCAGAACAUGUACCACCAUCUAGUGGGCAUCCUCCCCAACCACCUUGUGGAUCACAGACUACACCCGGACAAGGAUUGACGGCAGUUCCAUGUGGACAUAAUCCUCUGACUCCACCCAACAAUGGACUUACGGAACGGCCAGGUCAACAUCCGCGUCUCCCCAAAAUUAUACCAAACCCUUCACAUGUACCACCUUCUGCUGGGGGGCAUCCUCCUCCAGAACCUGAAGGUCCUGAUCCGGGGUCGCAGACUCCACUUUACAAAGGAAUGCCUAAAGUUAUACCAAACAUACACUAUGUGCCACCUUCCAAAGCAACUGGAGUACCUGAUCCGGGAUCACAUACUCCAGCCGACAAAACAGUGACGAAACCUCCAGAUGGACUCCGUCCCGUGGUUAUACCAAACCCAGAUUUUGUACCACCAUCUGGUGGUCAUCCUCCCCAACCACCUGGUGGAAAUCCUGCUGGAUCUCUGGUUCCACCUGGUCCUGAUCCGGGAUCACAUACUCCAGCCGACAAAACAGUGACGAAACCUCCAGAUGGACUCCGUCCCGUGGUUAUACCAAACCCAGAUUUUGUACCACCAUCUGGUGGUCAUCCUCCCCAACCACCUGGUGGAAAUCCUGCUGGAUCUCUGGUUCCACCUGGUCCUGAUCCGGGAUCGCAGCCUCCACUUUACAAAGGAAUGCCUAAAGUUAUACCAAACAUACACUAUGUGCCACCUUCCAAAGCACCUGGGGUACCUGAUCCGGGAUCACAUACUCCAGCCGACAAAACAGUGACGAAACCUCCAGAUGGACUUCGUCCUGUGGUUAUACCAAACCCAGAUUUUGUACCACCAUCUGGUGGUCAUUCUCCCCAACCACCUGGUGGAAAUCCUCCUGGAUCUCUGGUUCCACCCAACCAAGGAUCUAGGGAACGACCAGGUCAACAUCCGGUUCUGCCUGAAGUUAUACCAAACCCAGCUUAUGUGUCACCUUCGGGUGGGGUGCAUCCUCCCCAAGAACCUGAAGGUCCUGAUCCGGGUCCGCCGACUACACCCAACCAAGGAACUAGGGAACGACCAAGUCAACAACUGCUUCUCCCUAAAAUUAUAUCUAACCCGGCAUUUGUGCCACCUUUUGUUGAAGAGCAUCCUCCUCAAGAACCUGAAGGUCCUGAUCCGGGAUCGCAGACAACACCCAGCCAAGAAAUAACAGAACCUCCAGGUUCCCGUUUUUCUAAGGGUACACCAAACCCAGGAAAUAUAACACCAUCUAGUGGAAAUCAGUCUACCCGAAAACCUGGUAAAAUUAAACCGGGUACAGUCGGAGCUGGAGGUGGACUUUCGGGUGGGUCAGAAAAUACUAAUGUUAAUAAAAUAGAAAUAAAACCAAAUAGUUAA